AUGGAUCAGUAUUGGAUGAAUCUUCCUAGAGGAUCCGAGGGUUUUAAAGGAGCUUUGAAUGUUUUUCUUGAUGAUUAUUUUGCAAAGGAUGCUAUUGAGGGACAAAUUUAUUGUCCUUGUAAAAAAUGUUCAAGGCGCUUUUGUCAUUCUAGAGAUGUUGUUUAUGAUCAUGUGGUUGUUGAUGGGUUCGUAAAGGGAUUUAGGGAGUGGUUAAUUCAGAAUGAGUUAUCUUCAUCUACGACUAAUGAUAGGCAAAUGGGGUCUGAAAGUGAUUCUCUAAAUGCAUGUGAUGAUAUUGAUGGUUUAUUGGAUGAUGUAUUUAAAGAUGUUGAUGGUCUCAAUAGUGAUCAUGAAGGGGUUGCUAGUGAGCCCAAUGAGGAGGCUAAAAAGUUUUAUAAGUUACUUGAAGAAGGGAAGCAAGAGCUUUAUCCAGGGUGUAAAACUUUCUCAAAAUUGUCCUUUCUAAUUCGCUUAUUUCUUUUCAAGAUCCUUAAUGGAAUAAGUAAUGUCGCUUUUGCUGAUCUGUUAGAGUUAUUAAAAGAGGCGUUUCUCAUGGCUCAACUUCCUACAUCCUAUUAUGAAUCUAAGAAUAUAGUGAAGGAUUUUGGUCUUGAUUAUAAAAGAAUACAUGCUUGUCCGAAUGAUUGCAUUCUUUAUAGGAAUGAUUAUGAAAAGUUAGAUGCUUGUCCUAAGUGUGGAACAUCUAGGUGGAAGUUUGAAAAUGUCCCCGCAAAGGUUUUAAGGCAUUUCCCAACAAUCCCUAGGCUUCAAAGGCUAUAUAUGUGUUCUGAGACAGCCGAAUCAAUGGUUUGGCAUGAUAAAGAACGAACAAAAGAUGGAAAUAUCCGACAUCCAGCAGAUGCUUAA